AUUCAACCACGGCGAAAGGGUUUUAGGAGGUUUUGGGCAGAGCAUUCAAAACGCACCCACCAAUCUCUGCCCACCCACAAUGUCCGCCGCCGCCAAGCAAAUCCUAGCCGACCACCCUGAACCCAAAUCUGAGCAGCUCCUCCCUCCGGAUCUGCCAGCUCCGGAGACUCUCCCGUUGGAUCAGCCUCACUUGGACCCUUCCGAACCCGAAGCAAAGCAAAAUCUCGAUCACCAUGAAGAAAAGGAAGGGAAAGUAGAAGAAGUGGAAGAAGAAGAAGAAGAAGGAGAGUGCGGAUUCUGCUUGUUCAUGAAAAGUGGCGGUUGCAGGGAAUCGUUCAUCGAGUGGGAGAAGUGCACUGAGGAAGCGGAGAAGAACAAAGAGGACAUCGUUGAGAAAUGCAUCAAUAUCACUGCGGCGCUGAAGCAGUGUAUGGAGGCUCAUUUCGAUUACUACGAACCCAUCCUCCGCGCCGAGAAAGCCGCCGAGCAGCAAGCCAUCGCGGAAUUGAAGAAAGAAGCCAUGGAGAAAGAGUCCAAGGAGCAAGAUAGGGCUUCUUCUGAUUCUGAUCAAAAGUGAGAUCUUGCUAAUUCGAGAUUUUUUUUUUUUUUACUUUAGCAAUUGUUUUGCUUGUAUUUUAGUGGCGAAAGAAGGAAUUGAUUACAGUUUAGUGGCUUAACUUAUUGGAGAUGGAGAGUAUAGCUGACCACAGAAAGAGGCAUUUUUGAAUUCACAAUAAAUUAGAAUUUUCAUGAAUAUGUUCUUACUCGGA